UUGAAAACACAAUAUAAAAAAGUGUAAAGCUAAUAAAAAGCAUGCAUAAUAGACAAUAUCUACCUGUUAAACAGAUGCAACAAUGUUACGCCUCUAGUUCUUGGCAAGCUUAGAAGUAAUGCACUCUAAUGUUUCUUGGUAGUAGAUGUGAAACUUUUGCAUAGAAGUGUACUGAAACACCAUGUAUGUCAUUUGACUUUGAGCAUCUGAAGAAUAUAAUUUAAUCACGUAGGCAUACUCCAGAUUCUGUUAAAAUAGAUUUUGGAAUUUUGGGUGGGCAUACAUCAUACUAUUGGAGCACACAGUUGGAUGGCGGGAUGACGGCCACCCCAAAUAUUUUUGUCUUGCUCCGCCACUGAAUGGCGGCCUUUCCAUAGGGGCGGCCCCAAAUAAUAAUUUUCAAAACAAAUUCUCAAAACGUCUUACAAACCAUAUUUUCCAACAUAUCGGAUCAAAAUAUGUACCAUCAAAACUCAAUUGAAAAUCUACCACUUGUAGUCAAAAGUAAAUCCAAAUAAAAUCCACAUCGAGUACAUAUAAAUACCAAAAUCUUCGGAAAAAAACACAAUUCCAAAACCAUGCUUUAGAACAUAUCAAAACUAGUCAAAACUAGAUUUUAGGAACAUAUCAAAACUAGUGCACAAAAUAUAUGCAAUCAAAUCUCCAUUUCAAAUCCAAAACUUUAUAAAUCAUAAGUAGCGUCAAAGUGAGUAUAUAUUAAUAUCGAAAAUUCCCAAAAACAUAUAUCUCAAAACCGUAUUUCUCCAAUCUCAAUAUUAUUAUGGUUUUGAAAUGGAGAUUUGAUUGCAUAUAUUUUGUGCACUAGUUUUGAUAUGUUCCUAAAAUCUAGUUUUGGUAUUUAUAUGUACUCGAUGUGGAUUUGAUUUGGAUUUACUUGUGACUACAAGUGGUAGAUUUUCAAUUGAGUUUUGAUGGUACAUAUUUUGAUCCGAUAUGUUGGAAAAUAUGGUUUGUAAGACGUUUUGAGAAUUUGUUUUGAAAAUUAUGGUUUUAGUGACGACGACCUAGGUGCACCUAGUAUGUGAUUUCAAUUAGGUAUAGUUACCCCGUUAGAUGGAGCCGCCCCAAUGGAAAAGCCACCAUUAGGAGGAGAGGGCUAUCAACGAGAUGGAGCUAGUUCUCGAUUCAAUCGUUUUGAUUAUUUCACUAAAUUGAGUUUACUAUACUUUAAAAACAUUUUUGUUUUGAGUCGAGAGAAAAGAGCUAUCCGUUAGAUGGAGCCGCCCCUAUGGAAAGACCACCAUUAGGAGGAGAGGGCUAUCAACGAGAUGGAGCUAGUUCUCGAUUCACCCAUUUGAUUAUUGUCACUAAAGUUGGAUUUUUAUAUUUUCUUUAAAGUUGAUUAUUUUGGUAUAAUCAAACUGAAAUGUGAUUUUAUAUUCUAUUUGAAGUUGAUUAUUUUGAUCAUUUUCAUUAAAUGGAGUUUUCUAUAUUUUCUUCAAAGGCUUUUACUAUGAUUUUCGUCAGUGUAUUUUUAAAGGCUUGUAACCCAUUUCUCACCUCUUUAUAAUUUUGGAUUUUCUUUGAAUUGUUAUUAUUUGAUUGGAAAUAUUUAUAAGUGUAAAUUAUCAUGCGUAUAAACGAUUGCGGGUUAAUAGAAUUUUAUACGGUUACUAUUUUUGUAAAUUGACAUUAGAUUUGAGAAAGUAAAUAAUCGUGCCCUUGUGCGUUUCCCUUCUAGUUGGUGGUGGUUGUUGUCUCUCACUAAGUCCUUGUGACUUACUCUCUCAUUUUCUAUUUUUUUCCAGAUUUUCAAGCAGCUAAGUGGAGAGCUGCUAGUAGACUCAAAGUUCAGCCGCGUCACUCUUUUUGUGAUCAUUGAAGCAUACAGCUGUAGCAACAUGUGGUCAGGCAUUAUUUAAGCAAGAAAAACUAUUAAAAUGCUGUCUACUAGUGCUGCUGUUCAGCUUCCCAGUUGCUCGUACCACAUUCCCAGCCAUCAUCAUGCCCAACAAAAGAGAAAACUCACCACUCUAUCACUUGCCAAUGCAGAUAGCCAAGUCCCUCUGAGAAACUUCUAUGGUCCAAGUCUUCCUCAUACACAGAGUUGCAACAAAGGGCUAGAAAGCAAUUACAGGUCUAGAUACAAUUCCAAUUCAAAUCAGAACAACAAACACCUGUUCCUUAUUAAAUACUUCUCACUUGCUGACUCAGAAGACACCAGUAAUCAAAAUCCAGAAACCAGAAACCACAGUCAACGUCAACCAGAUAGACAAAGGGAAUUCAAGGAACACAAAAAAGACAGUGCACUUUUCACUAAGAUGUGGUGGGCAGAUUUGAAAGCGGCAUUUGGCCAAAGAAUCAACUUUGAGGGCAUUCUAUGUUCAACUAUGGUCAUCUUAAAAGACCCAAAAUUGUCACUGCCACAUAUUUCAGUUCCUGAUAUAAGAUACAUUGACUGGGCUGCUCUACGUAGAAAGGGAUUUAAGGGUAUUGUCUUUGACAAAGAUAAUACUAUUACAGUACCCUACUCUUUAACGCUGUGGCCUCCGCUUGAAUCUUCAUUGGAAAGUUGUAAAUCAGAGUUUGGUCAAGAUAUUGCUGUAUUUAGUAACUCAGCUGGACUUCGUGAGUAUGACCAUGAUGGUUCAAAAGCUAGGAAUCUUGAGAGUACAAUUGGAAUUAAAGUCAUCAGACACAGAGUGAAGAAACCAGGUGGCACAGCUGAAGAAAUUGAAAAGCAUUUUGGCUGUGAAGCAUCAGAGUUAAUCAUGGUGGGUGAUCGACCCUUCACCGACAUUGUUUAUGGCAAUCGGAAUGGGUUUCUAACUAUUUGGACAGAGCCAUUGAGUCUUGCAGAGGAGCCAUUUAUUGUUAAGCAGGUGAGGAAGCUAGAAACUACGUUUGUAAAGUACUGGUCUAGAAAAGGGUUGAAGCCACUUGACCAGAAGCUAUUGCCAGAUCCUAGACAUUGUGUCAAAGAGCCGCCACAUCCUUGAUAGUGUCUCCAUAACAUACUAAUUUUUUGGGUCAUUAGAGAAUACUGUCCCGUAGUAAUGCAUACAAGUCAUUUUUUGUCGCAUUAUUUACUUUUUUUUUUACCAAACUGGUAAUGUACUAGUCUAGUGUGCGUCACGCACGGGUGGAUACCAACAAUAUUUUACAAACGAAAGAACCAAUCGGAGCAGCCUCAAAUCAUCCAA